CGUCUGCUCUUCCACGGUUAAACACGUGUAUCGUCGUUCAGCCGUCCCGCGUUAUUUCGAUCGCGUGCGAUAUUCUCAUUUAUUAUUUCAAUAAACAACUAUUUAGGAAAAACACUUUAAUAAUAAAUGGCUUAAACGUACUUUUUUUUUUCGUUCGGUUUGUGCAUUAAGACUUCAAAUCUUUGGAUUACAAUUCGUAUGGUCGAGGUAAAAAUAUUUUUACAUUUCUUAAGUGUUCCAUAAAAUGUGUCAAGUUCUAGAGCUAAAUUUUAUAAUUUAAAAAAUAUUAAACUCGUUCUUUUGUAAAUAUUGUCUGUAAUUUUAAUGUGACGUGUGUGUGUAUAUGUUUUUUCUUUUUAUAUUUUUGUGCCUAUCAUGUACUCAUAUUAUUGGAGCUCUUUGAAAGUGAUGGUUUCUGGUGGCAAAUUUGAUCUGGUGCCAAAGUCUGGAUGAAGUUCUAGUGAAGACAAACUAAUGGAGGCAAUGGUUGUCUGGUGUUAUUGGCAUAAAUUCGGAAUUCAGUACCUAAUAUUUACUAUUAUAUCAAUCAAAAUGGUAUUGGAUGCAAAACCGAUAGUUCCAGCUGAAAUAAGCAAGGAAGAAAUAAGUCCUUACUGGUCUUUCAACGAGACUGCUGAUAUAUCCAAAUAUGAAGAUUUCGAUCACAGGAAGUUCUUAGAACACGAACUGCACCUGGACGUGUCCGACCCGGCUGUCGCCAUCGAUGCCCAGCCACCGGUUAAGCUGCGCACCACUACGAUGGCGCCGUCCACGCCGACACCCGAGCCGAUCAUUCACGUGGGCACGACAAACGUGACGGUCCAGCUGGGCAGUACGGCGUUGCUCCACUGCGAGAUAGCCAACUUGUCCGAGAAAAUGGUGUCUUGGGUACGACGGAGAGAUUGGCAUAUACUGAGCUCGGGUGUGUUGACGUACAUAAAUGACGGACGUUUUCGCGUUUUUCAUUCGGAGAAAAGUGAUGACUGGGAUUUAAGGAUAUCGCCAGUAGCCAAGAUCGACAACGGUACUUACGAAUGCCAGGUGGGCACGGGCACCGGUAUUAUGACACAUUAUUUCAACUUGUUCGUGAUUGUGCCUACGGCUGUGAUAUCGGGCAGCGAUGAGUACCACACACCCGAAGGAAAUUCAAUAGUAUUGUCUUGUAAAAUUGAAAAUAGCCCGGUGCCGCCGCAAUACGUGUUAUGGUAUCAUAAUGGCAAAGUUAUAUCAUCCGGUCAUUUUAAUAAAAACGGACUGAAAACCGAUCGCCUGUCUAUCAGCACUGAACAGAUAGAUCGUAAAAUUUACAGUCGCUUGACAAUCACAAAAGCAAUCCAGAUUGAUACAGGAAAUUAUACGUGUCAGCCUCCAAACACUGACCCGGACUCUACUUACAUUCACAUCACGCCAGGUUAGUUUAAUUCAAAUCAAAUAAAUAUACCUAGUACUUUAUCGAACGCAGGCAAUUGAUACAAUUGAAUAAUUAUAAAUGUGUUUUCAAAAUAGUAAUGGUGUUUAGUAGGUAUAGGUAGUGGCCAGUAGGCAUUGACGAAAUUGAUUAUUCCUUAUCAAUAUCUGUGUAGGUUGAUAAAUAAUUAUUGUUGCAUUAUAAUAUAAUAAUAUACUUCGUACUGUGGA